AUGUGGGGGGCGAGAGCAGUUCGUCGAAAUCAGAUACAAGCAGUGCGGAAUCAGACGAAGAACAACGACGUGUUUACAGCGCCACAGCAGCCGACCAUACGAAGGACCGGGGAAACGAUCUUCCGACCAAGCCAAGAUCGAAUGACCGUGAACGUGAUCACGAUCGUGCAGAAGGGCACAAGUCGUGCACUCAUUGUGGGUCCAAAAGACAUGAUGACAGGGGAUGCUGGAAACGCCUGA